CGGUUGCGAUCCUGAUGGCGCGAAACACUUGUCUUCCGAACGUCGCGAUUACAAUGGAGCAAGAUAAUGGGAAGGAUCUCGAUCUACUAGUGCUGUAAGAUUGCGAAAGAAACGCUUUCAUAAACCCACUGACGGAAUAUUAUUUAAUUAACGCACGCCUAAAUAAGUAAAGCACGUUCGCCAAGAUGUACGGGAUGCUGCUGGAAAGUGUACAAUAUUUCGUGCAGUUAGAAUUUGGCGAAGAAGUAUGGCUUCGCAUUGUGGAGAAAGCUGAUUGCAAACACAUGGUGUUUAAUACCAGACAAAUAUAUCCAGAUGAGCUAAUGACUAAUUUAGCUGCAGCUCUUGCCGCAUACACCGGUGAUUCUAUGGAUAAUGUUAUGCAAUUUUUUGGAAAGUGCUUCGUCAGAUUUUUCAGUAAUUUAGGGUACGAUUGCACUGUGAAGGCAACUGGUCGUUACUUUUGUGAUUUUUUACAAAGCGUGGACAACAUUCAUAUGCAAAUGAGAUUCACAUAUCCAAAAAUGAAGAGUCCUUCUAUGUAUACGACGCAUGUGGAUCCACAAGGUGUUGUUUUAGUUUACAGAAGUACUCGACAAGGCUUUACGCAUUAUUUUAUGGGGCAAUUAUUUCAAAUCGCAAAUGACUUAUAUAACACGGAACUGGAUAUUAAAAUAUUAGAAAGUUCAAAUAAUAUUCCAGGAUCUCGAAACGUAAUGGUUAAAUUUCGUAUUAAUUUCGAUAACCGUCAAUACAUGACGAAGAACAAUAGAAUGAACACGCCACUAGAUCAUGAAUUGCCACCUGUAUCUUGCACAUUUUUCUUACGUCUUUUUCCAUUUGGCGUCGUAAUGAACAAGGAUAUGCGAGUACUAGGAGCUGGUGAUAAAUUGCUUCAAGCAUGGGGUGGCACCACAUCCAUUUUAAACAAGCAUGUCACUGAAAUAUUCAAAUUAAGAAGACCAAAGGGAAUUUCAUUUACAUGGGGGAACAUAAUAUAUUUACAUUCCGUGAUAUUCGAAUUGGAACUUAUCAGGGCAAACGAUCAUAAUUCUUCGAUCAAUUCUGACGAUACGCCAAGCACAAGUAGUGGUUUAGACAGGCGUGGGAGUCAAGGUGCGAGAAGUAUUUUGUUAAAAGGCCAAAUGAGACACCUCGAAGAUAUUAAAGCUAUUAUAUUUCUCUGUAGUCCUUUAAUCAACAGUUUGGACGAACUUCUUAAUAUGGGUCUGUAUCUGAAUGAUCUAAAUCCUCAUGGGAUGAGCAAAGAACUAGUAUUGGCAGGGUGGCAACAUUGCGGACGAUUGGAAAUGAUGUUCGAGAGGGCAGAGCAAAGAUCGACUGAUCUAGAAAAUAGCUACACACUAUUGGACCUAUGGAAAAACAAAAGCGACGAGCUUUUAUAUUCUAUGAUUCCGCAAACGGUGGCAGACCGAUUGCGAGCCGGAGUCAGUCCAUUGAGUACAUGUGAGUCAUUUGAAUCGAUAACGGUUCUAUUCUGUGAAUUAUGUGACUUUGAUUAUUCGACUAUUGAGGGAGCGAUGGACAUUGUCUUAUCAAUGAACGCCGUUUUUUCUUGCUUCGAUACGCUGAUGGAUCAGUUUAAUGUGUAUAAAGUGGAGACGGUCGGUCGUGUGUAUAUGGCAGCUAGCGGAGCACCGGACAGAAAUGAAAACCAUGCGCAGAACGUCGCCGACGUUUCUCUACAACUCAUCGAGCACGUUCGAUCUCUCAAGUUACCCUCCGGAGUGGAUAUACGAAUCCGCAUAGGAAUUCAUUCUGGACCAGCUGUCGCCGGUGUGGUCGGCAUUAAAGUACCGAGAUACUGUUUCUUCGGAGAUACUGUUAAUACGGCCUCCAGAAUGCAGACCACUAGUCUGCCAGGGAAGGUGCAUAUUUCUUCUAGCACCAAAGCUCUGCUACCAAAAGGUCAUUAUCGUACUGAAUCACGUGGAGUUGUCUGGGUAAAGAUGUUGUCGAAUAAUAGACGGAAUUUUCCUACCUCAAAUGCUCAAGUGCACUAUAACAUCACGAAUGCUGAAGUUGAGAUUCAUCCGACAAUAGACGAGGUUUCUUAUGUCGAUUUCGAUAUGCCUGAGUUUUCAUUUCCUUCUAAAAAGCCGAAUGUUUGCAAUGAUUGCGUUUGCGGGCUUGGGAGAAAGACGAGAAUUGUUGGUGGCAAUGUGACUAGCGUUUACGAUUAUCCCUGGUUAGUUAGCAUGAGUAAAAAAGGGACAUUUUACUGUGCUGGAAGUAUAAUAACACGAAGGCAUGUACUUACUGCAGCUCAUUGUUUGCAAGGGUUUGACAUUAGGACCAUCAAACUUGUUUUGAUGGAUAACGAUCGUUCCUCGAUUGGCAGCAACGCUAUAGUUCGACAUAUUAAAUCGGCAGCCAUUCACGAAAAUUUUCAUAGUUACACUUUUAAUAAUGAUAUUGCAAUCAUUGAGAUGGAUGAACCCGUACCAGUGAAUGGAAUUGUACGAACAGCAUGUUUACCAGAAGAUAAAAUGAUUGAUUAUACUGGAGCGCUUGCUACCGUAGUUGGAUGGGGUCGAACGGGGGAAACGAAGCCAGUAAGUGACGAGUUGCGAAAGGUUAAUCUGCCAAUCUUAUCACGAGAAGAAUGCGAUCAAGCCGGAUACGCGAAAAACCGCAUCACUGAAAAUAUGUUUUGUGCCGGCUACAUACUACAUCCAGAUGGAGCGAUAGGAGGACGGGAUGCUUGUUUCGGUGACAGCGGUGGUCCUUUACAUGUUAAAGGAAUUUAUGGACAGCUUGAAGUAGUAGGUAUCGUAUCAUGGGGGCGAGGAUGUGGAAGACCAAACUUCCCAGGAAUAUUUACUAAAUUGACGAAUUACAUUGGAUGGCUUAAAGAUCACUUAGAUGAAGAAUGUAUUUGUCCUCCACCGCAUCGACAGUAAAAAAAAAUUGUUAUCUAUUGUUACUUCAUUAUAACUUACGCAUGUGUAAUUAUCAAAAGAACAGUAAGUGUGUAUGUUGUAAUUUUACUUUAAUAUUUAUUUUAUUAUUAAGUUUAAGAGAGUAAUAGAAAAUAAUAGAGACCAAAACGUUUUCGCUCUUUCAAAUUCAUAUUUUAGUAUAAUUAUUGUAUAAAUAUGCAAUUUACAUAACUUAU